ACUUUGUCUCUUCGCCAUGUUCAACAUAAUUAUGCUGCCGUACGCGUUAUGGUCGUAGGACUUGGAUAUGGUUCAACUAGAUACCUCUUUGAAGUGUAAUUGACCGUGCAAGUGACUUGAGUUAAAAUGGCGUCGGGGGGCAAAAAGAAGAAUGAAGACGAAGGAUCAGCAGGCUCGUGGUGUACGUUUGGUGCAGUGUGGUAUUGGCGUACAAGGGAGGGCGGAAACAACAUGGUCUUGGAGAAGGAAGAACCCUGGUGUUUAUCUUCGGGUAAUCUGGAGACUUGGUACAAUGGCAACAUACAACGUGGAACGGAUGACUUCAGAACCGACUGUCAGUCAGCAAUCGACAGUGUGGUCAGACACAUUCACAAGAAUUGCUCCUCUGAUAUUCUUGACUUCGAUGUUGAUAAAGUUGUCAAGGGUGGAUCGCUCGGAAAAGGCACUAUGGUAAAAGAUCUAUCGGACGUGGACCUGGUUGCAUUCGUCAACAAACCAUACCCAAAACCCAUCGCGGAGAUUGGAAAAGAAGAGUAUACGAAAACCCUGUCAAGAAUCAUUUCUGACAUAAAGUCAACUUUGGAAGGUGUCCCGGUUGUCCAAAUCGUACGAUCCGAUCAAUACUUGGUGAAUUUCAAGAUGCAAGUCAAUAGUCGAUGGAUUGACGUCGAUCUCCUUCCUACAACGGACAAUGCUAAAUGUUAUAUCUCGUACCGUAAAUUGUUCCUGUCUAUGCUAGACGUCGGACAUGGAACACGAGGGUAUUAUUCUGCAUCACUUGUUCAGCACCAAGUGCGGUUUGUUAAGGAAAAACCUGGCCACGUGAAGGCGCUGAUACGCCUGGUGAAGUACUGGGCGGCUAGAUACCUCCCUGAUAAACUCAAGAAGUCCUACCCGCUGGAGUUAAUCACCAUCUACCUAUGGGAGAAGGCAGGGGAGCCCGGUGCACUGAGCAAAGCCCGGGGUUUGAGGAGCGUCUUGGAGGUUCUGACCAAGCUGGACACGCUGCGUGUUUAUUGGAAAUACAUGUCCGGUGUGGAUGAUCAGCUCAACGAAACUAUUAUCACGAAACUCGACAUGAAAAGACCAAUCAUUUUGGACCCGGCAAAUCCGACGAACAACGUUGGCAUCUUGUACCAGUGGGGGAACAACAAGGAGGUGAUAAAGGCAGCUGCCGAAAAGACCCUCCGGACCACCCUUUUCAGUGACGUCACUGCGUGGUAAAACGUGUAGGGCGCCCUCAGUUGAAGCAAGGAGUGACAUGUUCAAAUAGUUGGUCGUCGCACAGUUAAUGAACUUUAAUCCUAUAGCAAAAUAAUCGAGUUGAAUGUUAGCAAUAAAAUUAAGCAUGUGAACACAGUUCGUGAUCACCUGUUUGAGGUAAUAUUGCCGAAAAUUCGGAGCGAAUAAUGACUACGCAUAAAGAAUAAUCCCUACAGGAGUACACAAUCUACGAAUUUUGGGCUAACAAGUUGUAUAUUUUUUCAUAAAAAGAAGUCGUACCUCGAAAUGAGAUCUUUCUCAAAAUGCAAUUUACUAUCCCAAAACUGCUGUACUUCUUAUACCAUGUAAGUUUUUAUUGCCAUUAAUAUUCCAUUUACCAAACUUAUGAUUCACUGCGGUGGUAAAUGUAUCACCGGCCAACCGAGCUGGCGUGUUUUAUUUGGGUGGUUUGGUUGAAGGUAAAAACGGACAGAGAGAAGAAACACACAAAAAAACGUGAAAAUAGAAGAAAACAACAUAAUAAACAGGAAUAUCGUGGGAUUUCCUCAUUCAGCAACAUGUUUUACACAACUGCCCUUCAAGAGUUUAUAUGUUGGACUCCGUUAUUAUGUAACAAUAUGCCUAUUGUUUUGGGAUUUAGAAAAGGCUACAUCUCUGCGGGAUUAAUAUAAUUUUAUUACAACACUACAAACUUUUGCCUAUUCAGAUAUUCUGGAAAGUUUAAUAAUGAUAACAUUUUCAGUACUAUAUAAAAAGAAAUAGAACUUGUAUUAAUUCGCACGCAUAGUAUGGCGAUAUUUAACAAGUUUUCAUUGUAUGGUGUAGUGUGGACAUGUAAGCUAAAGUACACACAGUUUCAUGAUUAAAAGUUAGUUGUAUGUAA